AAUAAAACCCUUCAUUCCUAAAACCUCUCAAAUAAAAACCUAUUUCUUCUUCAAACAACAGACCUUUCUUCUUCGUUUUGUAUUUCUCCCAUAAACCCUUGACGGCACCUGCUUUGACGGCGCCACCAUGGUGCUCUACACCGAGAGUGCGACGAAUUCCGUUAAGGCGGUGGCGUUCAGUUUUUUAACGAGCGACGACUUGCAGCGGAGUAGUCUAGUGAAGAUAACGAAUCCGAUUUUGCUAAAUGCUUUGCUUCACCCUGUGCCUGGUGGACUAUACGAUCCAGCUAUGGGCCCGCUGGAUGACAAGUCCCCUUGUAAGUCAUGUGGUCAAGCUUCUAAACUUUGCCCAGGUCAUUUUGGUCAUAUUGAACUUGUUUCUCCUGUCUACAAUCCUUUGAUGUUCAAUAUUCUUAGCAGUAUUAUACAGAGAACUUGUUUCUCUUGCUAUCAUUUUCAAGCUAGCAGAAGAGAGGUGGAUAUGCGUACUACCCAAUUGGAGCUCAUAAUGAAAGGGGAUAUUAUCAGGGCCAAAAGUUUAGAUUCUACUAAUUUAGAUGAAUUCACACACUCAGGUGAUGGUGAUGAGAAUCACGGUUGUAGUGUCGAGCAACAGGGAGAAAAUUGGACCUCCGUUCAAUUUAGUGAGACAAUGUCUGUUCUAAAGAAGUUUCUGAAGCGGCAAUAUAAAAAGUGUCAAAAUUGUGGAGUUGUAAAUCCUAAAAUCAGUAAACCAACCUUUGGAUGGUUUCACGUGAAUGACCUCUCUGCUGAUGCGAGUAGAGCAAAUAUCAUCAGAGUUCUGGAAAGUGAAAUAAACAAUGAUGACAUGUCUUUAGGUGGUGGGGAGACUACAGAUGAAGGAGAUAUAUCAUCUGUUGAGGCUGUUAAAAGAGAUAAAAGAAAAAAGGGGAAUUUGUCUCACAAGCUAGCUGCACAAAAUAAACUUCCUGGGUCGUUGCUACCAUCACAGGUUAAAUAUAUUUUAAAGUGUUUGUGGGAAAACGAGGCCAGACUCUGCUCUUAUAUCAGUGAUAUUCAAGAUCAGGGGUUUGGAAAGAAAGCUGGUCACUCAAUGUUCUUUCUAGAGAAUAUUUUUGUGCCCCCAAUCAAAUUCCGACCCCCAGCUAAAGCAGGUGAUGAUGUGAUGGAACAUCCUCAAACUGUUUUGCUGACUAAGGUUUUACAAGGCAACAUAUCCUUAGGAGAUGCCCAUAUAAAUAAGUUAGAUUCCUCUAAAGUGCUAAGCCGGUGGAUGGAUCUUCAGCAAUCUGUUAACUUGCUAUUCGACAGUAAAACUGCUUCUGGCCAGAGAGAUGUGGGUGCUGGCAUUUGUCAAUUGCUAGAGAAGAAAGAAGGCAUCUUUCGCCAGAAAAUGAUGGGAAAGAGGGUUAAUUUUGCAUGCCGAUCUGUCAUAUCACCAGAUCCUUAUUUGGCAGUCAAUGAAAUUGGGAUACCCCCAUAUUUUGCUUUAAGAUUAUCCUAUCCUGAGAGAGUGACUCCUUGGAAUGCCAUGAAGUUAAGAAAUGCUAUCCUUAAUGGCCCUGACUCCCAUCCUGGUGCUACACACUAUUCUGAUAAACAAGCAACAGUCAAGCUUCAACGGAAUCCAAAGUUGCUUUCUAUGAUAUCAAGAAAGUUACCUUCGUCAAGAGGAGUUAUUUUGGAUCAAGGGAAGAUUUCUGAUCAGGAAUUUGAAGGGAAAGUUGUGUAUCGCCACUUGAAGGAUGGUGAUGUUGUGCUUGUCAAUAGACAGCCAACACUCCAUAAACCUAGUAUAAUGGCUCAUAUAGUUCGUGUUCUGAAGGGGGAAAAAACUGUACGGAUGCACUAUGCAAAUUGCAGUACUUAUAAUGCUGAUUUUGAUGGCGAUGAGAUUAAUGUACAUUUUCCACAAGAUGAAAUUUCUCGGGCUGAAGCUUACAAUAUUGUAAAUGCUAACAAUCAAUAUGUGAAACCUACCAGUGGGGAUCCAAUCAGAGCUUUAAUUCAGGAUCAUAUUGUGAGUGCUUCUCUUCUUACCAAAAAGGAUACUUUCAUAACUUAUGAAGAGUUCAAUCAAUUACUAUAUAGUUCUGGUGUAUCUAUGGCUGGGGUAGGCUCAUUCUCUGGCAAACACGGGCAGAAAGUUUUCAUGACAAAUUCUGAGUGUGAAAUGAUUUUGUUUCCUCCAGCAAUAUGGAAGCCUGAACCCCUAUGGACAGGAAAACAGGUUAUCAGUGCAUUGCUAUACUAUAUCACCAGAGGUUCACCACCAUUUACUGUUGAGAAGAAUGCAAAAAUCCCAUCAAAUUUUUUCAAAACUCAGGUCAGGGAGGGAGAAAGAUAUACACGUGAUAAGUCAAGAGACAAGGAUUUGCCUGAUGAGGAUAAAUUAUUGAUAUAUAACAAUAAUUUGGUGCGAGGUGUGGUUGAUAAGGCUCAAUUUGGUGACUAUGGUAUAAUACAUACAGUGCAAGAAUUUUAUGGAUCGAAUGUUGCUGGUAACCUACUCUCAGCAUUAAGUCGGUUGUUUACUUCCUUUUUACAGAUGCACGGGUUCACAUGUGGAGUAGAUGAUCUUAUGAUAAUAGAAGAAAAGGAUGUUGAAAGAAUGAAUCAACUAAGCAGUUGUGAGGAAAUUGGUGACAUUGUUCAUCGGGAAUUCAUUGGAGUAAUGAAUGGUGAUAAUAUAGAUACAACCACAAUGCAGUUGAAUAUUGAGAAAAAGGUACGCAGUAAUGGAGAAGCAGCCUUAACAUACCUGGACAGAAAAAUGAUAAGCAAUCUUAACUCAAGAACAAGCUCAGGAAUAUUAAAGGAGCUACUAUCUGAAGGAAUAUUGAAACCUUCAGGAAAAAAUUGUAUUUCUCUUAUGACUACAUCUGGAGCUAAGGGUAGUAUGGUGAAUUUCCAGCAGAUAUCUUCUCAUCUAGGUCAGCAAGAGUUGGAAGGAAAACGAGUCCCACGCAUGGUUUCUGGAAAGACCUUGCCCUGCUUUGCUCCCUGGGAUUGUUCCCCCAGAGCAGGAGGGUUCAUUAUUGACCGGUUUCUUACAGGCCUUCAUCCGCAGGAGUACUACUUUCAUUGCAUGGCUGGUCGUGAGGGGUUAGUUGAUACUGCUGUCAAAACAUCUCGCAGUGGGUACCUGCAAAGAUGCUUGAUGAAAAACCUUGAGUGUCUUAAAGUUUGUUAUGAUCAUACUGUCCGAGAUGCUGAUGGUUCGAUUAUUCAGUUUCUCUAUGGAGAAGAUGGUGUUGACGUCCAUCAGACUAGCUUUAUCAACAAAUUUGAAGCAUUGUCAACUAAUAAAGAAUUGGUUUAUAGCAACUGUUGCCGUCAGCUAGACAGAUCAAGUCCAUAUAUUAACAAAUUGCCUGAUACUCUUAAAGGAAAAGCAGAGAAUUUCUUUCGUGACUCCUUAAAACAGAGAAAUCUUGGUUUGAAACGACGAGAUUUCUUAAAGUUGAUGGAGCAUAAGUAUGUCUCUUGUCUUGCUCAACCAGGUGAAUCGGUUGGUGUAUUAGCUUCUCAGUCUGUCGGUGAACCUGCAACACAGAUGACUUUGAAUACUUUCCACCUUGCUGGUCGAGGUGAAAUGAACGUGACACUUGGAAUUCCACGUUUGCAAGAAAUUGUCAUGGCUGCUUCACGUGAUAUCAAAACUCCGUUUAUGACAUGCCCCUUGAGACCGAAUAAAUCUAUGGAAGAUGCUAUUUGUCUUGCCGACAAAUUGAAGAAAAUCACUGUAGCUGACAUAAUUAAAAGUAUGAAGGUUUCUGUUGUACAAGUAACAGUUCAUGCUGGUCAGAUUUGCAGUAUAUAUAAACUUGUGAUGAAGCUAUAUAAACCUAAACAGUAUCCAAAAUACACUGAUAUUACCCUUGAAGAUUGGGAGGACACUUUGAGAGUUUCCUUUGUGAGAGAGUUGGAGGAUGCUAUUGAAAGUCACAUGGCACUGCUUUCUAAAAUUAGUGGCAUAAAAAAAUUCAAGACAGAUCCACAAUCAAAUUAUUCACACAGCUCAAAAAAUGAUCAUAGCAAUGAAUCAGAAUCAGAGACAAAAGGCAAAAAUAAGGAUGAUGAUGAUGAUGAAGAUGGUGUUGUUGAAGACACUGAAGGGUAUGAAGAUCUUGGAUCAGAUGCGCAAAAGAGAAAACGGCAAGGUAUUGAUGAGGUUGAUUAUGAGGAUGGUCCGGAAGAGGAAAUACAUGACGGUGAGCAGUCAGAGGAAACUGAAAAUGAUGAGGAUGGCAGUGAUGUGGAUGUUAAUGAGAAUGAUAAUGACAUGACACUUGAUGCUAAUAAUUCUGAAGGACUUGAAAAAUCAUCCAAGUUCAAGCCCAUUGUUGAAAAAAAUAGUUUGAAACGGGAAAAGAAAAAAUCUAAACCGGAAGAGAAAAUACAUGACGGUGAGCAGUCAGAGGAAACUGAAAAUGAUGAGGAUGGCAGUGAUGUGGAUGUUAAUGAGAAUGAUAAUGACAUGACACUUGAUGCUAAUAAUUCUGAAGGACUUGAAAAAUCAUCCAAGUUCAAGCCCAUUGUUGAAAAAAAUAGUUUGAAACGGGAAAAGAAAAAAUCUAAAGCAAUAACAAAAAAAUAUGACAGGGCAGUUUUUGUGAAAGCUAAAGGGAUGCAUUUCGAGAUCCACUUUAAAUUUACUGGUGAACCACAUAUUUUGUUAGCGCAGAUUGCUCAGAGAGCAGCCAAGAAGGUUUGCAUUCAAAAUUUUGGAAGGGUUGGUGAAUGUAAAGCUAUUACAUGUAAAGAAAGUGGAGUAAUCUACUAUGGUGAAGAUGGCAGGAAUAGGGAUGAUAUUCCAGCCUCGGUGAAAGAAAAAAUACAAGCACUGCAGACAUCAGGGAUACAUUUUAAAACAUUCUGGGAGUUGCAAGAUGAUCUUGAUGUUAGGUAUAUUUAUUCAAACAGCGUUCAUGCUAUGCUAAGUGUUUAUGGGGUGGAAGCAGCCAGGGAAACCAUCAUUAGGGAAGUACAAAAUGUUUUCAAAUCUUAUGGGAUAUCAGUAAAUAUCCGGCACUUGACACUCAUUGCUGACUUUAUGACGCACUCUGGUGGCUAUAGUCCUAUGAACAGAACGGGGAGCAUAGCAGACUGCACAUCCCCUUUCAUAAAAAUGUGCUUUGAGACAGCUUCCAAAUUUAUUGUUGAGGCAGCUUAUCAUGGGCAGGUGGACAACUUGGAGACACCAUCUUCCCGAAUUUGUCUUGGUUUGCCUGUGAAGGUGGGAACUGGGUGCCAUGAUUUGAUACAGAAGCUUGAGAUAUGAUGUAGCUGGCAUGUUCUUCAACACUAGACCUUUGGCCCCCACAUGCCUGCAGAUCAUGCCAAAUUUUGAUACCAUAACUGCACUACUAAGACAAUUUCUGAGUCCAUUUUUGUCUGGUUCGAAAUUAAAUUUUUUGAGGUAGAAGUCGCAUAGUUUGAAAUGCCAUUCAUUAUCCCGUAUGUACACUUAGGUGCUAUAAUGACUAGUGUUCCUGUGGCCUUGAUUUUCUGGUUGGUCUAUAUAAUUUGAUUGUUUUUCUUCAACA